AUGGAAGAAGGGAAAGGAAGAAGCGAGAGCGAUCCAAAUCGAAGAGUUAACGGUACUAGUUUCUCUAUUAACGAUCCGGAAAAUCAAAGAGCAAAGAAAUUGUGGACAGUUGAUAAUGUGAAGGCAAUGCGGUUCAAAUCGUUAUCGGCUGCGAAAUCAUUCUACAGGUUGUAUGCUGCGGCCACAGGGUUUGAGGUUGAAAAGCAAGGCAGUGUUUGGGGCGAGAACGAUAUGGUCGUCAUGAGAAGAUGGGUUUGUAAUAGAGGAGGUUUUUGUAAGAAGAAGAAGAAUCUAGAAAAGGCUAAGCACUCAAUUCGAGCCGAUUGUCCUGCUGCGUUCUGCGUUAGCUUGGGCUAUGCUAGUCGCCGGUGGUUGGUAAGGGAGUUUGUGGCCGAGCAUACACACGAGUUGGGAUUCAAAUUAUGCCCCCAAAUUUAUCAACCUAUUGAAGUAGAAGAUUAUUUAACAAGUCUAAAGGAUGAUUCAAGCACUUCCUACAGAUCUUAUAUCACAAUUGAUGAUGCAGAAGCUGCAAUUUCUUAUUUAACAGAGAAGAAGGAUUCAGAGCCUCGGCUUUUCUAUGAAGUAAACUAUGUCAAUGCUAGUUUAGCUCGGAUUUUCUUUGCAGACUCUAUGGCUCAGUUGGAUUGUUCAUGCUUUGGGGACGUGGUUGCGGUUUAUAGGACUAAUUCAAGUGAUCUGCACUUUGUCAUAUUGUUUAGUCUCAACCAUCAUCAUCAAACAACUAUACUUGGAUGCGCAAUCCUCAGCGACGAAACUGUUGAGGCAUACACAUGGAUGUUUCGAAAAUUUCUUGAUCUAAUGCAGGGUUGCAUGCCAUUAUCUAUUGUGACUGAUGGUAACAAAGCUUUAGGUGAAGCUAUUAAGUCUGUGUUGCCAGAAUCACGCCAUCGCCUAUGUACAUGGCAUCUUGAGAAAAUUGCUUCUUCUAUUGUUGAUAAUCCAUCCUUUCUAGCUGAUUUCAAAGUGUUGAUGCUGGAUUUUCUUUCGCUGAAUGAUUUUGAGCUGAAAUGGAAGGCAAUGGUUGAGAAUUACAAAUUAUCUGAAAAUCCAUGGAUACUGGAGAUGUAUAGGAAACGUCAUGAGUGGGCAGAGACUUAUUUGAGGGGACAUUUCUGGGCCGGAUUGCGAAGCACAAAAGUAUGCCAAGUUCUUGAUGGAAAUCUGAGCAGGCUUUCACUACAUAAACUAAAAAUUAAUCAAGUUCUCAGUCUGUAUGACAGUGUUGUUAUGAAAAUCCGGAUCAACGAGGGGAAGGCUGAUUAUGAUUCUAAAUAUUCAAAAUUCACUCCCUCAACCCCUCUUGUGAAAAUGGAGAAACAGGCUUUUGAUAUAUUUACAAGAGAGUCUUAUCAAAGGUUUCUUUCAGAGAUGCAGAUGGAGAUGUUUCUGGUUGCAUUAGAAAUAGAUUAUGAUGAUUCACCCUGCCGCAAAUAUAUAUUGGCGAAAAUUGAUCAUGAGGACUUAGUAUAUGAAGUUAUGUUCAAUCCUUGUGGUCUAACUAUUGAAUGCUCAUGCUUGAAGUUUGAGACAUUUGGAUUUCCUUGCAGUCAUAUCUUUCAUGUAUUGAAAUCUGAGGGAUUCAAAGACGUACCUCAUAAUCUCAUGCACCAAAGAUGGACAAAAUCAGCAAAGUCAACAGCCCAAUUUUGGAGGAAUUACUUGCCUCCGGUGUCUGUUGAUGUUGUUGCCGGAGUGAUGAGUUAUGGUAGGGUGGUGUGUUCCUCUUCCCCAAUGCUUUACUUGGGAACACAGUCAGAGGAGGCCUUUAAGAUUGUGUCCAGCUGCUUUGUGAAGCUGAAGGGUGAAUUGGAUAGACAGGACAAUAGUGUUCUUGAUGUGCAAGAUAACAAGGAUACUUCUUCAUCAUCAGAUUGGAAAAUUGAACAAAGUGGAUUAUGGGAUUACAUUAACUAUCCAUACUUUGAGUAUGUACGAACAAUUUUGGCUAUGUAUUAA